AUGUCGCAAAAAAUGCAAGAAAUGCUAUUUGAACGUAUUGAAGGAGAGACAUUGCAAAAGUUGGAAAAAAGAUUUGAGGUGUUCUGUGCCAAGUUGCUGAAAGUAUUUGAGAAGUAUGGUGCU